CACUUGACAGCUUGCCAGGUUAUAGAGAGGGGGAAAAACACACCAUUCAAGGGAGGAAACCAGACCUGCUGAAUAUACACCGCAUCCACCCGAGGUAGAGGGUUUCUCUCUCUCUCUCACAUCGACAUCAUCUUUUUUCUGGAUUAAUGAUGUUUUUAUUCUAACACUCAGAUGACAGCAGCCUAACCAGGGCGGUAAGCCUUGUUCAGUUUUACCCCAAAAACACACAGCCCAGCCGCUUUUUUGUUGAAUAUAGGAUCUUGUUGGUUGUUGUGACUGGACAUGAAUUCGGCGGAGCAGACGGUUACAUGGCUGAUCACGCUCGGGGUGCUGGAGUCGCCGAAGAAAACCAUCUCGGAUCCUGAAGCGUUUCUGCAGACCUCCCUGAAGGAUGGGGUGGUGUUGUGUCGGCUGCUGGAGCGGCUCAGCCCGGGCUGCACGGAGAAAAUUUACCAAGAACCGAAGAACGACGGAGAGUGUCUGAGCAACAUAAAGGAGUUCCUGAAGGGCUGCACGUCGUUCCGCGUCGAGCCGUUUGAGGCCAGCGACCUGCUGCUAGGACUGAACUUCUCAAAGGUGCUGAGCAGUCUGGUUUCUCUGAAUAAAGUGACUGCAGAUAUCGGCGUGGGCAGUGACUCAGUGUGCGCCCGACACUCUUCAGCCCAUCGCAUCAAGUCCUUUGAGUCGCUGUCCUCUCAGGCUUCACUGGGUCGAUCCUCCAAGCUGCUGCAGAACCAGUUUCGCAGUCUGGACAUGUCAGAAAACAGUGGUCAGCAGCUGCUGGUGAGGGCGCGUUUCAACUUCCAGCAGAACAACGAGGAUGAGCUCAGCUUUGACAAGGGUGACCUCAUCGGCGUGACUCGUCAGGAGGAGGGCGGCUGGUGGGAGGGGAUGCUCAAUGGCAGGACUGGGUGGUUUCCUAGCAACUAUGUCCGUGAGAUCAAGGGCUCUGAAAAACAAGUGUCCCCCAAGUCUGGCACUCUUAAGAGCCCACCUAAAGGCUUUGACACCUCUGCGAUCAGCAAGACGUACUAUAACUUGGUGUUGCAGAACAUUUUAGAAACAGAGACAGAAUAUUCCAAGGACCUUCAGAGCCUCCUGACGAACUACCUGCGACCUCUCCAGAGCAUUGACAAACUGAGCAGCUCAGACGUGGCUCUGAUUCUGGGAAACCUUGAGGAGAUCAGCACCUUCCAGCAGAUGCUCGUCCAAUCGCUGGAGGAGUGCACCAAGCUUCCAGAGAGCCAGCAAAGGGUGGGAGGCUUCUUCCUCAACCUCAUGCCUCAGAUGAAGGCUCUUUAUGUCGGUUACUGCUCCAACCACCCGUCUGCAGUUAAUUUGCUCACCCAGCACAGUGAAGUGUUGGGGGAGUUUAUGGAGGGACGGGGUGCAGUCAGUCCUGGGAUCCUCACCCUGACCACAGGCCUCAGUAAACCCUUUAUGAGACUCGACAAAUACCCCACCUUACUCAAGGAGCUAGAGAGGCACAUGGAGGAGAGUCAUCCCGACUGGCCAGACAUUCAGAAGUGCAUGGCGUCUUUCAAAAAUCUGUCUGCUCAGUGCCAGGAGGUGCGGAAGCGCAAGGAGCUGGAGCUGCAGAUUCUCACUGAGUCCAUCCGGCUGUGGGAGGGGGAUGACAUCAAGACCCUGGGCUCUGUGCUCUACAUGAGCCAGGUCUUAGUCCAGAGUCCUGGCUCAGAGGAGAAGAGUGAACGUUACCUCAUGCUCUUCCCUCACGUCCUCCUCAUGUUGUCUGCGAGCCCCAGGAUGAGUGGCUUCAUAUUCCAGGGAAAAUUGCCCCUGGCCAGCAUGACAGUGAGCAAACUAGAAGACUGCGAAGCCCAUAAAAACGCCUUUGAGCUCAAUGGCACAAUGUUCGAUCGUCUCCAGGUGGUGUGCACCAACCAGCAGGACCUGCAGGACUGGGUGGAACACCUGACCAGACAGAUCAAACACACCACGGCCACAGGACCCAGCCACAAACCACUCACUGUUCCCUGCCACACGCUCCCAUCUCACCCUCUCACCCCGUCCCGGCAUGCUGAGGGGAGGGGCAUGACAGUGGCUCCCACCUACCACACCCUGCCUCACCCUUCCUCCCAUGGAACGUCUCACAGCACCAUGAUGUGGGGCCCACUGGAACCACCCAACACCCCCAAACCCUGGAGCCUGAGCUGCCUGCGGCCUGCACCCCCUUUACGCCCCUCUGCAGCCCUCUGCUACAAGGAGGAUCUUAGUAAAAGUCCUAAGAGUGUGAAGAAACUCCUUCCCAAGCGCAAGCCUGAGAGGAAACAGUCUGAGGAGGAAUUUGCCUUGAGGAAGAGUACAGCUGCUCUGGAAGAAGAUGCCCAGAUCCUAAAAGUUAUUGAGGCAUACUGCACCAGUGCCAAAACCAGGCAGACUCUUAACUCCACCUGGCAAGGCACUGACCUGAUGCACAACCACGUGCUGGCCGACGUGGACCGGUCCUGUAUGGACUCACCGGGCCGCCGUAGCAGCGUGUCACGGCCAGAGUUGUCCUCUGACCUUUCGGAGGACUCUGACUAUGACUCCAUCUGGACCACCCACAGUUACAGGAUGGGUUCGGUGCCGCGACCGCAGAAGGAAACGGGGCUGCAUGUGAUCAUCCCCGGUGAGAAGAAGGUCCUGGUGGAAGGUCCCAGUCGCAACGGACAAAGUACAGUAGAAGAAAAGAGCAUGGUGGAUGUGGUGUACGCCCUGAGGGAUGAGGUUCAAGAGCUGAAACAGGAUAACAAGAAAAUGAAGAGGUCAAUGGAGGAGGAGCAGAGAGCACGGAAGGAUCUGGAAAAGGUUGUGAGGAGGGUGUUAAAGAGCAUGAAUGACCCAACAUGGGAUGAGACAAACCUCUGAGGAUCUUGGGCACCAUCUCCAUCUGAAGCUUUGGAAAGGGAAAGAAAGAGCAUGAAUGUGUGCGGGCUUGCUUGCACUCUCUUGAGAGUGUGAAAUGCACUCAGUCACACACAUAAUUUAAGGUUGGUUGUGUGAGUGAGACGGCCAGCGAAUCUGUAAGCAGGUAAUUGUGUGCUUGUUUGAGAUGGAUGUGUGUGUUUGCUCUACGAGGAGUGUCGUUACUGGUGAAAAAGACGGGAACCACUGCGACGUGACGCUGAACAGGCUCGUCCAUCUAUACCACGAUAACAUUCCAACACCAAGCAAGAUGGUGAGGAGAUGACACUCUUAACCCUCAGCGUGUCCAUCACUUCAACAUCCACCAUCAGUGUCUUUGGUCGUGUUCACUGGAGAGAAGUCUUCUUCCUCUGUUUACAAUCAUUUAACGGUCUGCUGUCCACUGGUACAUAAAUGGUACUUUAAUGAUGUUAAUGGUCACAAAGGCUUUGGACAAGUCUGAACUUGAACCAUACCAUUGCAUAACCUCUCUUAUGUUAUUUAAUUUUUUAUGAUUUGAUUUUUGUUCCAUCUUCCCCUGAAGCACAGGCUUAGGCUUCGUCCGAAAUCACAUACUAUGCACAUGUCGUUCAACAUACUUUUGUGUGAAUAAACAGUAGUAUGUAUCUUUUCCGAUGCAUUGAGCAGUAAU